AUGUCUCUCAAGAAGGAAACGCCCCUGGCCAACGCUGUGUUUUGGGCUGCGAGGAAGGGGAACCUGGCUCUUCUUCAGCUGCUGCUCAACAGUGGGCGUGUGGACGCGGACUGCAGAGACAGUUAUGGAACGACUGGGCUGAUUGUGGCGUCGUACAGCGGCCAUUAUGAGUGUGUCAAAGAGCUAAUCAUGCAUGGAGCCGACAUCAACUACCAAAGAGAGACGGGUUCCACCGCCCUGUUCUUCGCCUCCCAGCAGGGACACAAUGACGUGGUGAAGCUCCUCUUUGAAUUCGGUGCCUCCACUGAAUUCCAGACAAAGGACGGUGGCACAGCUCUCACCGUGGCCUCUCAGUACGGACACUCAACGGUGGUGGAGACGCUGUUGAAGAAUGGAGCCAAUGUUCACGACCAGCUGAAUGAUGGUGCCACUCCUCUGUUUCUCGCUGCUCAGGAGGGUCAUGUGACUGUGAUUCGUCAGCUGUUGUCAUCUGGUGCAAAGGUUAACCAGUCGAGGGAGGACGGGACCGCCGCCCUGUGGAUGGCAGCUCAGAUGGGUCACAAUGAGGUGGUGAGGGUGCUACUGUUGCGUGGUGCAGAUCGGGAUGCUGACAGACAAGAUGGAUCAACAGCGUUAUUCAAAGCUGCUUUUAAGGGACACAACAGCGUCGUAGAGGAGCUUCUCAAGUUUUCUCCUUCAGUUGGCCUUCUCAAGAAUGGCUCUACUGCCCUUCACGCUGCUGUUAUGGGUGGGAAUCUAAAAACUGUCCUGCUGCUGCUCGGGGCCAACGCAGACCCGACGAUACCCAACAAGAAUAACGAACUCCCUGCAGAUCUCACAAAGAGCGACCGCAUCCUAAAGGUGUUAGAUCCAAAAAUCUUCAAUGGAGACAGUUGA